AUGGGAGGAUAUUUUAGCAAAAAAACAUCUGUUAAAGAUGAGUUAGUCAAGGUAACAGAGGAUAUCCUUAAAUUACGGUCUGAUAUUGAAAGAAAUAAUAAUUUUCAAGCAAAUUUUAUAAGAUCUACAUUUUUUUUACUUUUUCUUCUUUCAACUGCUGGCAGUGCAUAUUUGUUUAUGUUAGUUGGUGAUAAAUUUAAAUGGGGCAUUUAUUCAACUUUAACAUUUAUUUUUUCUAUCAUAGUAUUUAUUUUGUUUCGAAAAUUACUACGGCCAAUAUUUGAGUGGAGAAACAAUAGAUAUCAAAAGCAUCUAACUGAAUUAAUUGAGACAAAACAAAAAAUUCUAGAAGAAAUUAAGAAUAAAGAAAGUUACAAGGUUGCUAGUGAAUUGCUUCAAGAAUUUGGUGAUGAACCUGAAACAACAUAUUUUGGAACACCAAAUGCUAAUUUAAAUGGUACAAUUAAUCCUAUGGAAAACCAAGUAAUUAGAUCAUCAGGAUUUAUUCAACGUAAUAGAGAAAGUCAAAACAUUUUAAGAAAUCCACAAUCACGAUUUAAUUCACCUAAAAUAGAUUCUAAAGCAUUACAAAUUAAGGCAGCUCAAAAUAUGUCUUUGUUAAAACAAAAAGAAUCACAAGCUAUUCAAAAAUCUGUUUCCAAUCAUUCUAAAUUAAGUAAAAAUGUAAAUAAUACCCCAAAAACGUUACCCCCUCGUCCAUACAUUGAUACCCAUAAUACAUCUAUUGUUGAAAGGAUUGCUGAUAUGGUUCUUGGAGAUGGUAUAAGUAAUCGUUACGCUCUUAUUUGCAUAUUUUGUAAAAGCCAUAAUGGAAUGGCUUUAAAAGAUGAAUUUGAAAAUCUUGCCUAUAAAUGUUAUCGUUGCCAAAAAUUUAAUCCUGCUCGUAAUGACAAAGAAAAAUAUGAUGAAUGUGUGAAGAGAUCAAAGUCUGAAGCAAACAUCUAUUUUGAAGAAUCAAUUGUCAAAGAGAAAUGGCUUUUAGGUUGUCAUUGUUUUAUUUUUUUUUUCUAUUCCAUACUUCUUCAAAAGCUCGCUUUCAUUUCUACUAACAUUAACAUAAGGAAUAUAAUUACCACUAACAAAAAAUAA